AGAGAGAAGAGCGAGCUGUGAGCUCGGCUGCUGCCGCUGCUGCCCUUUGAUCCCUGCAUUAGUGUUAGGGGCUUGGAGACACACAGAGAGCGGCCAUAGACACCGCCGCACCAGGGCUCAUUAUCUACCCCACACAUAACACACACAAGCAUAGGACCCACACAUACACACACACAGACACCACUAAGCAGAUCCAUUGAAGAAUAUAUACGAUCGGGGACAAGCCAGGUGCACGACCAAAAAAAAAAAAAAAAAAAAAAAAAGGAGGAGGGGGGGAGAGGUUGGAAAGGAAAAAAAAAAAGAAAGAAAAGAAGAAAACCCCUUUUCUGGCUUCAGGAGACCAGCUUCAACCCACUGCCCAGGGCUGCGAGAAGGGAUUCCCCCUGCUCUGCUCUCUCCCGGCUCCCCGCCUGCCUCGCCUGCCGCUGCCCGGGUCUGCCUCGGUGCCCCCACGGGGGUUUUAUUUGAUCUCCCAUUACCCAAGGAGGAGAAUGUGAGAAAAGGGGGAAAAUGCCCAGGAGGAAGCAGGAGCAGCCCAAGCGCCUUCCCUCACAUGGUAGUAGACAGGAAGACGCAGAAGGAGAACUUAGUGAGGAAGAACAUUGGUUUGGAAACUCUUCGGAGACCCCAUCAGAAGCAUCCUAUGGAGAAGUCCAGGAGAAUUAUAAACUGUCCCUCGAGGACAGAAUCCAAGAGCAAUCUACUUCCCCGGACACUUCCUUGGGAAGCGCAACCCCCAGUAGCAAUACCUUGGAGCUGAUAGCUCUGGAAAGUGAGGUCCUCCGAGACCCAUUGCAGUGUCAAGGUCACCUUUCUCCUGGAGUGUCUUCUUUAUGUGAUGAGGAACCCCCUGGUUCAAACAAGCCCUUGAGCAGCAAUCUGAGGAGACUGUUGGAGGCUGGCUCCCUUAAGCUAGAUGCCACAGUCACCGCCAAUGGCCGGGUGGAAUCUCCAGUCAACCUUGGCUCCAAUCUGUCCUUUUCUCCACCAUCUCAUCAUGCCCAACAGCUAAGUGUUCUUGCCAGGAAGCUGGCCGAGAAGCAAGAACAGAAUGACCAAUACAUUGCUGGUAACCGCUUUAUAUGGAAUCAAGGCAAAUGGCUGCCAAACUCAACCACUACCUGCGGCUUGUCACCUGAUUCCGCCAUCCUCAAGUUGAAAGCGGCAGCCAAUGCUGUACUCCAGGACAAAUCUCUCACGCGGACUGAGGAGACUAUGCGGUUUGAAUCCUUCCCCUCGCCGUUCAGCUCCCAGUCCGCCAGUUCCACUUUGGCAGCUUUAUCCAAGAAAGUGAGUGAGAGAAGCUUGACCCCCGGGCAGGAGCCCCCUCCCCCUGCCAGCUCUUUUCUCUCUCUGGCUUCUAUGACCUCCUCAGCAGCCCUUCUGAAAGAGGUCGCUGCAAGAGCUGCUGGGAGUCUUCUGGCCGAGAAGUCUUCACUGGUGCCUGAAGAUCCUUCGCCACCUCAGCCUUUGGAGAAAAAACAAGAAAAGGGAACCCCACCCCAAUCCUUGGAGUUAUUGUUGCUCCCCGUACCCAAGGGAAGGGUUUCGAAACCCACCAAUCCAGAUGAGAAGACUGAAGGUCUGGUCUGUGACAUGACAUUUUCCUCUUCCCAUACCCCAGAAGAAGAAGGAGGAAAACCUUUCCAGUGCCCGAUAUGUGGUUUGGUUAUAAAACGGAAGAGUUACUGGAAGCGGCACAUGGUGAUUCACACCGGUUUAAAAAGUCACCAGUGCCCUCUCUGUCCAUUCCGGUGUGCCCGCAAGGACAAUCUCAAAUCCCAUAUGAAGGUUCAUCAACACCAGGACCGAGGCGAGACCUUCCAGUGCCAGCUAUGUCCUUUUACCUCCUCCCGUCACUUUAGCCUGAAGCUCCACAUGCGAUGCCAUCAGCACUUCCUGAGGACAGAAGCCAAGGUGAAGGAGGAGAUCCCCGAAACAGAUGUGAAGGGGUCCCCACAGCUCAGCGAGAGUGCCUGUCUGGGACAGCAGAGAGAAGGGGCAGGCACGGAGUUAGUGGGGACUCCGGUCCUGUCUAGAACUCCAGAAAGGACUAGCCAGAGCAGUGCUGGUAUUCCACCUUUGUUGGUCAAAGAAGAACCCAAGGAAGAUAAUGGGCUGUCCCCUUCUUUUACCCUGAAUGUCUCCGAGAGAUCCCUGAACAACACAAAAUUGAAAGACACCUCAGACUACGUAGCCAAUACCGCGUCGGCGUUGUUCAGCCAAGACAUCUCCGUGAAGAUGGCGUCGGACUUUCUCAUGAAGCUGUCAGCGGCAAAUCAGAAGGAGCCCAUGACUCUUACAUUGAAAGUGAAAGAGGAGCCGAAGGAUGAGGAAGUUCUAAGUUCAACAUUGCCUCAGUCCAGCUACGUGUUCAGGUCGGGAUCUGAAGUGUCAGCCUCCAGCCUCCCCGAGGAUACGAUGAAGCCACAGGAAGGGCUAAGGAGGGAUAUGUCUGUCAAAGCAGCAUCAGAACUUCUUAUGAAGCUAUCAGCUGAAAGCUACAAGGAAACACAGUCAGUGAAGAUCAAAGAGGAACCCAUGGAAAUUGACAUCCAUGACUCCCGAGCCUCGAUAUCACCGAGCCGGAAUGUUGGCUAUAGCACUUUAUUAGGGCGAGAGAAAACUGAACCCUUACAAAAGAUGCCAGAGGGCAGAAUGGGUCCUGAGAGAAGUCUCUUCAGUCAGGACAUCUCUGUGAAGAUGGCAUCAGAGCUUCUCUUCCAAUUGUCAGAAAAGGUGAGCAAAGAGCACAAUCAUACAAAGGAGAAUACCAUCCGGACCACCACCAGCCCUUUCUUUUCGGAAGAUUCAUUUAGACAAUCACCAUUCACCUCCAAUUCAAAAGAUCUGCUGCCCAGCGAGUCUGUGCUCCACACGAGAACAUCGGCCCCAGAAGCAGAAAAGAUAGGGCUAGAGGCAGGAAAUGGAUUGCCAUCUUGGAAAUUCAAUGACCAGCUUUUUCCCUGCGAUGUAUGUGGGAAAGUGUUUGGCCGACAGCAGACAUUGUCUCGACAUCUCUCGCUGCACACAGAGGAGAGAAAAUUCAAAUGCCAUUUGUGCCCCUAUGCGGCUAAGUGCCGUGCAAACCUGAACCAGCACCUGACUGUCCACGCCGUGAAGCUGGUGAGCACCGACACUGAGGACAUCGUCAGCGCCGUCACCUCGGAAGGCAGUGAUGGAAGGAAGCACCCUUAUUAUUACAGUUGUCACGUGUGUGGAUUUGAGACCGAGCUCAACGUCCAGUUUGUCAGUCACAUGUCCCUCCAUGUGGACAAGGAGCAAUGGAUGUUUUCAAUCUGCUGCACCGCCUGCGACUUUGUCACCAUGGAAGAAGCUGAUAUUAAGGCUCACAUUAGCACCAAGCACACAGGGGAAGAGAGGAAGACUCCCAGUGAGUCCAACAGCCCUUCUUCAUCUUCCCUGUCGGCACUCAGUGACUCAGCUAACAGCAAAGAUGACUCGGACGUAACCCAGAAGAACAAGGGAGGGAACAACCUUCUGGUCAUUUCCGUCGUGCCUGGGAGCCAGCCCUUACUGAACACAGAAGAAAAGUCAGAGAAAGGGUUCGAAUGUGUUUUCUGCAACUUCGUCUGCAAGACGAAGAACAUGUUUGAACGCCACCUGCAGAUCCACCUGAUCACACGGAUGUUUGAGUGUGACGUGUGCCACAAGUUCAUGAAGACUCCCGAGCAGCUGCUGGAGCACAAGAAAUGCCACACUGUCCCCACUGGUGGGCUCAAGUGCCCAUUCUGCAUUUACUCCACCAACCGCCCCGCAGCCAUGGAGUGCCACCUGAAGACCCACUACAAGAUGGAGUACAAGUGCCGGAUCUGCCAGAUGGUCAAGGCCAACCAGCUGGAGCUGGAGAUGCACAUUCGCGAGCAUCGCCUUGGCAACCACUACAAGUGCGACCAGUGCGGCUACCUGUCCAAGACAGCCAACAAGCUCAUUGAGCACGUGCGCGUCCACACCGGCGAGCGGCCCUUCCACUGUGACCAGUGCAGCUACAGCUGCAAGCGCAAGGACAAUCUCAACCUGCACAAGAAGCUGAAACACGCCCCGCGCCAGACCUUCAGCUGCGACGAGUGCCUGUUCAAGACCACCCACCCCUUCGUCUUCAGCCGCCACGUGAAGAAGCACCAGAGCGGGGGGGACUGCGGGGAGGAGGAGAAGAAAGGCCAGAGCCCGGCCCCCAAGGAGCCUGCCCCCGGGGGCCCCCUCCUGGUGGUGGGGCGGUCCCGCAACCUCCUCUCUCCCCUCUCCAUCAUGUCCGCCUCCCAGGCUUUGCAGACGGUGGCGCUGUCCGCUGCCCACGGCGGCUCCGAACCCAACCUGGCGUUCAAGGCCCUGGCCAUCAACGGCUCCUCUUUGCGCUUUGACAAGUACCGGAACUCGGAUUUUGCCCAUCUCAUCCCCCUGACGAUGCUUUACCCCAAGCACCCCUCGGAUCUCACAUUCCACCCUCCCCGACCUCAGACCGCACCUCCCAGCAUCCCCUCGCCCAAACACUCCUUCCUGGCCUAUCUCGGAUUGACAGAAAGGGCGGAGACUGUGUGAAGACGGCCUUGUUUCUGUACCAAAAACACACACACACACACACACACACCCCCCCCCCCCCCAUGAAACACAACUCCAGCAGGCAGACGUUGCUGCAAAACCCAGAGACGGACGGGGGUCCGCACCCGGCGCUGCGGGGAAGCGGCUCUCCGAGCGCACCGCUUGCAUUGACACGAAAGCGGCCCGCUCUGGCCUCCGCCGAGGGGGCCUGUGGCGCUCUUCUACCUUCCCAGGCAUGUCUCCCCCCCCCCCCCCCCCCCCCCCCCCUUUUAUCCGGAAGAAAUUGGGCCUCGCUAGGGAAAGCCUGGCGCGCGGUCCUCGGGGGCAAUCAGCGCCUGUAAGGUAGCGCCCGGGGCACUGCCGUGGUUUGGGUGAGUGGGCCGCGUGAGGGAGCGCGAGGGCUUGUGGGCCGAGAGCGGAUGUGACGGUUCGGGCCUUCGCGGCUUGGUACAGCACCCUCCCUCUUCCCGGGGGCCCUGCGUCACCUCUGUCCUCGUGAGAAACGGGGGGCCCUUUGUCACCUCCCCCUCUGUCCUCGCGAGAGACGGGGGCCCUUUGUCACCUCCCCCUCUGUCCUUGCGAGAAACGGGGGCCCUUCGUCACCUCCCCCUCUGUCCUUGCGAGAGACGGGGGCCCUUUGUCAACUACCCCUCUGUCCUCGCAAGAAACGGGGGUCCUUCGUCACCUCCCCCUCUGUCCUUGCGAGAGACGGGGGCCCUUCGUCACCUCCCCCUCUGUCCUCGCGAGAAACGGGGCCCUUCGUCACCUCCCCCUCUGUCCUCGCGAGAGAUGAGGGCCCUUUGUCAACUCCCCCUCUGUCCUAGUGAGCUACUGGGGCCCUGCGUCACCUCCCCCUCUGUCCUCGCGAGAAACGGGGGCCCUUUGUCACCUCCCCCUCUGUCCUCGCGAGAAACGGGGGCCCUUCGUCACCUCCCCCUCUGUCCUCGCGAGCUACUGGGGCCCUUCGUCACCUCCCCCUCUGUCCUCGCGAGCGACGGGAGCCUCGAGCCGCCGAAGGGCCGACGCGUCCCUUGCGGAUUGCCUGAGAUUUCUGACAGAACCCCGCGUCCGAUCCCCUGACCUUCGCCGGCGGGAAGGUCAGGGGAUCGGGCCUCCAUUGGGAAGGAACAGCUCCCCUCGCCGGUGGCCCCCCCCCGCGUGCACGCACACGCACACGCACACGCCUGCGCACACUCUUUCCGGGAAGGGCGCCCGAGGGCCGCUUUUGGAAAGGGCCAAUCAGAUCCAUCCCCCCUCAGGCCGCGGUUGUCUUUUUGUUUGCAGGAACCAUUAAUAGGAGUAAAAAACGGGAUGUUGGUUAUAACCAGCCACGGGGAGUCCAUGGGGUUCGGAUACAUUCUGGGUAUAAAUGCUCAGACUAAAAAAUGGCAGGUUUGCACAGUGCUUUAGACUUGCACUAGCUUGUGUUUCUGA